AUGUCCUUCGGCGGACAAACACCCACGAUUAUAGUGCUGAAGGAGGGGACCGAUCAGUCGCAAGGCCGGGGACAGGUAGUAUCCAACAUCAACGCGUGCUUAGCAGUCCAAGCAACCAUCCGAAGUACACUGGGCCCUUACGGCGGAGACCUGCUGCUAGUGGACGAGAACGGCAGGCAAACAAUCACAAACGAUGGCGCAACAGUCAUGAAGCUCCUCGACAUAGUCCACCCUGCCGCGCGGAUCCUCACAGACAUUGCUCGCUCGCAAGACGCCGAGGUGGGGGAUGGCACAACAUCGGUCGUCGUGCUGGCAGGCGAGGUUCUGAAGGAGAUCAAGGAGUUCGUGGAGCAAGGAGUUAGCAGCCAGGUCAUCAUCAAGGGUCUACGAAGGGCAUCGGCUAUGGCGGUCAACAAGAUCAAGGAGAUUGCAGUCAACACAUCAGAGGGCAACCAGCGGGAGACGCUACGGAAGCUUGCGGCGACGGCGAUGAGCAGUAAGCUGAUACACAGGAACUCGGAUUUCUUCACCAAGAUGGUAGUCGACGCCGUCCUCUCCCUCGACCAAGACGACCUCAACGAGAAGCUCAUCGGCAUAAAAAAGAUCACCGGUGGCGCCCUCCAAGAUUCCCUCUUCGUGAACGGCGUCGCCUUCAAGAAGACCUUCUCCUACGCCGGCUUCGAGCAACAACCGAAAUCCUUCAAAGACCCGAAAAUCGUCUGCCUAAACGUCGAGCUCGAGCUCAAGUCGGAGAAGGACAACGCCGAAGUCCGCGUCGAACAGGUAUCCGAAUAUCAAGCCAUCGUCGACGCCGAGUGGCAGAUUAUUUUCAACAAGAUGGAGGCGCUCUACAAUACUGGCGCCAAGGUCGUGCUGAGCAAACUGCCCAUUGGCGACUUGGCGACACAGUAUUUCGCGGAUAGAGACGUCUUUUGCGCCGGCCGCGUCGCCUCCGACGACCUUGAGCGCGUCUGCCAGGCCACAGGCGCAAGCAUCCAGUCCACCUGCUCCGACAUCCAGUCGCAACACCUGGGCACCUGCGCGCGCUUCGAGGAGCGCCAGAUCGGCGGCGAGCGCUUCAACUUCUUCGAGGGCUGUCCCGCCGCCAAGACGUGCACGCUCGUGCUGCGCGGCGGCGCCGAGCAGUUCAUCGCCGAGGUGGAGCGGAGUCUGCACGACGCGAUCAUGAUCGUCAAGCGUGCAAUCAAGAACCAGAGCAUUGUUGCUGGCGGCGGCGCGUGCGAGAUGGAGGUCUCGGCGUAUCUGCACAGCUAUGCCGAUAAGAACGUUUCGACGAAGAUACAGAGCAUCAUCAAGGCGUUUGCUAAGGCGCUUGAGGUGAUACCGAGGCAGCUGUGCGAUAACGCGGGCUUCGACGCGACGGAUAUUCUGAACAGGCUUAGGGUGGAGCACCGUAAGGGGAACAUCUGGGCCGGUGUGGACUUUGUGAACGAGGGCAUCGCGGACAACAUGAAGGCGUUUGUGUGGGAACCGAGCUUGGUGAAGGUGAAUGCGAUCCAGGCGGCUGUGGAGGCGGCGUGUCUGAUAUUGAGUGUUGAUGAGACGAUAAAGAAUGAGGAGUCGGCGCAACCGCAAGCGCCGCAGAGGGGUCUGCCGCCAGGCGCGGCACAGAGGGCGCUCAGAGGUAGAGGCAGAGGCAUGCCGCGGCGGUAG